AUGGAGGAACCACAGCCUGGCGUUGAUGUUCCCCAAGUCACAUUCAAGAAGCGCAAUGUUAAGUCCAAAUCAACCAUUCGAAAAAGAGCCGUCACUCCUCCACCAGAAAACGAUUCUGACUCAGGUUUCACAUCUUCAGAGGAUGAGGAGGGGAGACAGAUAAAAAGGCGACGAAAGAAUGCAGGAGUUACAGCGUCUUCAUUUGAAAACCCCCGACAUCGACCGAUACCAGACGAACAGACCUCGGCUGCGGCCGUGGUGGCGCCUACGAACAAAGAUGAUGCCAUAAAAACCUCAAAUUGGUUCGACGAAGAUGGCGAUAAAACUUCAGAUAAUCAAGUGAUCAAGUCCUCGGAUUCUACAGCACCGGAUGGCACCUACAAGGGAGUGGCAAAUUAUCAGUCGUUCAUACAGAAGAAUCCAAACCAUGCAGCAAAGCAAGUGGGACCUGUGAAAUCCUCGAGCAAUGUGAGGACCAUCACGGUGACCGAUUUUGCUCCGGAUGUAUGUAAGGAUUACAAACAGACGGGAUUUUGUGGAUUUGGGGACAGUUGCAAGUUUCUACACGCAAGAGAGGAUUAUAAACAAGGCUGGCAGCUUGAUCGAGAUUGGGAAAUCGACACCAAAGGAAAGAAGUUAUCGGGAAAGAUUGUGGCAUCUGCCAACCGAAACGGCCAGUCUGCCCAAGACGAUGAGGACGAUGAAGCGCUCUUGGAAAGUAUACCGUUUGCCUGCAUCAUUUGCAGAGAGUCGUACACAAAUCCUAUUGUUACGAAAUGUGGGCAUUACUUUUGUGAGGCAUGCGCUUUGAAACGAUAUCGGAAAGAUCCUUCAUGUGCUGCUUGUGGCUCAGGGACAGGAGGAGUGUUCAAUGUGGCAAAGAAAUUGAAUCGCUUGUUAGAAAAGAAACGAGAGCGGGAGAAGCAAAAAAGGGAGACGGCCAUUGGGGCCGGAGAGGUGGUUUAA